UACGAUACGCAGAAAUUUUCUCUCUGCCCUAUUUUCUUCCUCCAAAGAUCUAAUACUAAGGUUUAAUUAAUUUUUUCCUGCAAAAAUGAUUCGAGGAGCCGCAUGUUUUCGCAAAUUAUUUCAAUCUUCAGCUGUAUCUUCAAAGAUUGCAGCAAGGUGUUAUACGGCUCAGGCGGCUGUACAGCCUGCUAUUUACAGUAGCGAUGAGGAGUCGGCUGAUAUCGACUGGGACAAUCUUGGAUUCAAUUUAAUGCAAACUGAUUAUAUGUACAUGACUAAAUGCUCUGAUGAUGGAGUAUUUAGAAAAGGCCAACUUAAUCGUUAUGGCAAUAUCAAUUUGAGCCCAUCUGCUGGAGUGUUGAACUAUGGACAGGGGUUGUUUGAAGGUACAAAAGCGUAUAGAAGAGAUGAUGGACGAGUAUUUCUAUUUCGUCCUGAACAGAACGCGAUCAGAAUGCAAAUUGGUGCGGAGAGAAUGUGCAUGCCAUCUCCUACAACUGAUCAAUUUGUCGAUGCUGUUAAGCAAACGGCUCUUGCUAACAAACGUUGGAUUCCUCCUUCUGGAAAAGGGUCACUUUACAUUAGACCUCUUUUAAUAGGCACUGGUCCUAUUUUGGGUUUGGCUCCAGCACCUGAGUAUACUUUCCUUGUUUAUGCCUGCCCUGUUGGUAAUUAUUUCAAGCAAGGAACAGCGCCAUUGAACUUGUACGUUGAAGAAGAUGUGCAUCGUGCCUCACGUGGUGGAGCUGGCGGAGUCAAAAGCAUUACUAACUAUGCUCCGGUUUUAAAAGCUAUGAAGAAUGCAAAGGCAAAUGGAUAUUCAGAUGUACUAUAUCUUGAUGCAGUAAAUAAGAAAUACAUUGAAGAAGUGUCUUCUUGCAAUAUUUUCCUUGUAAAAGGAAAUGUACUUUCAACUCCAAUAGCCAAAGGAACUAUUCUUGAAGGAAUAACAAGAAAAAGCAUCAUGGACAUUGCACAUGAUCUUGGAUAUACGGUUGAAGAACGUUUAAUUGAAGCUGAUGAAUUAAUUAGUGCUGAUGAAGUAUUUUGUACGGGAACUGCUGUUGGUGUUGCUCCUGUUGGAAGUAUCACAUACAAAGGCCAAAGGAUUGAGUAUAAAAUAAGCUCAGAUCUAUCAUGCAAGCAGUUUUAUUCCAGAUUAGUAGGGAUACAAAGAGGUGUUAUCAAGGAUGAAAGGGAUUGGAUCGUGGAGAUUGAAUGAUUUUAAUGUUUCUUAACAUUUGUGAUUAUAUUAAUGC